AUGUCUGCGAUACUCCAAGGAGCUGGAACUGCGACGGCCCUGUUGCCGAGUAAUUCUAUCGAUUGCAACAGACUCGUAGCUCCUUGUUGCUCAUCUCUGUCAGGUUCGCUCUCUUCUAGUUUCGUUUUCGAAUUUGGGGUAAGGAGCAAGAGGUACAUUGUGGCCGGAUCUGAUGGGAUUAAGAGCCUUACUUCUGGCCUCAAAGCUCGUCGCUCUGAGCCAUUGAUAGUAAAUGCUGUUGCGACGAAGGCGGACAAUGCUGCGAGCUCUAUUACAUCAAAGUCUGGGUAUAUUCUGCAUCUUUUGGUUCUUGAUACUUUAUGCCAAGGGGGAGGCUCAUACAAAGUGACCAAAGGGCUAGCUGAUAAAUUCGGGGAUCUCAGAGUUCUCGACACACCCAUCUGCGAAAACGCCUUCACCGGCAUGGGCAUUGGAGCCGCCAUGACAGGACUAAGACCAGUCAUUGAAGGUAUGAACAUGGGGUUUCUCCUCUUAGCCUUCAACCAAAUCUCCAACAAUUGUGGCAUGCUUCACUACACAUCCGGCGGUCAGUUCACCAUCCCAGUUGUUAUCCGUGGUCCCGGUGGCGUGGGCAGGCAGCUUGGAGCCGAGCAUUCACAGCGGCUCGAGUCUUACUUCCAGUCGAUUCCUCGGAUCCAGAUGGUGGCUUGCUCGACUCCUUAA